AUGGGUUCGUUCGUGGAGGACCUCUGGUCCAGUAUUUUCACUCCGGGUGCGACGCCCACCUUGCUUGUCGCGACAAACGUCACUUUCGCUGCGCUUCAACUCCUCCUCUUCAUCCUUCUCAUCAGUACUUUCAGCAUCCACUUCUUCAUCCUGUCCUUCCUGUCCGGAGCGUUAUGGUGGUCGAUCAACUGGUUUGCGAACGAACUGAAGCAGACACAGAUUGCUGCGAGUGAGAAAGAACAGAGACCCGAAGCAGAGGAACCAGGAGAGCCCGAGGAUAAAUUGAAGUCCGUCGGUGCAAUGAGACCACCAGGCACCAUCGAUACAAGUGAAAGUGAUACUGAGACUGAAACCUUCCAGCGGGAGAAACAUGCCAAGGCGUCUGUUUCGACUGCUCUCCAUCCGCCAUCCGAGAAUAAGGAGGUCAGGAAGCGGCCCAGCUUUGGCGCCGAAAGCUCCGGGUACGGAAGUACGGACAGCGAGUGGGAGAAAGUGGAUAGCAGUAACAAUUCAUGA